UAGCACCUUGAGCAAAAGUAAGAAGAAAGCACUGCUUGCAUCAUUAGAUGAACUUAUGGAACGGAUGCCUUCCCUUCUUGAUAUUGAUCAUCCAUGUGCACAGAGGCAAAUUGCUGAUGCUCGCCGUGCGAUUGAGGCAAUUCCGGAAGAAGAUGACCACCUUCAAGAGACAUCACAUGCUCACAGAGCAUCUGCAGAUUUGGGGUCUGGUUCUGAAGUCGAUGUGGCUCAGUGGAAUGUCUUGGAGUUUAACACAGGCUCAACAACCCCGUUUAUAAUUAAAUGUGGUGCAAACUCAAAUUCCGAACUGGUUAUUAAAGCAGAUGCCAGGGUUCAGGAACCUAAAGGUGGUGAGAUAGUGAGGGUUGUUCCAAGACCAUCUGUUUUGGAAAACAUGAGCUGGGAAGAGAUUAAACAGGUGUUCUCUCAACUCCCCUAGGCUCUAAGCUUGCUUUCCUUAGCAAGGACUGCAGAUGGA